AUGCAGUCUAUUGCCGUCCUCGUCGGCCUGCUCGUGGCUGCGGCUGUCGGCUCGCCGUCGGGCAUAGCCGGCAAAGAUUACGCUGACCGUGUCGCCCGCAAGCGCACCGCCGAGACCGUCCAGCUGAUUGCCUACGGCACCAACAUCUCGGGUCUCCCAAUCUAUGCGGGUGCUGAUGACCUCGCCUACGUGGCGACGCCCGCUGCUGCCGCCCUUGCGAACCUGACCGCCCUCACCUGGACCAUCGACACCACCGGCGAAGACGCCUGGACGGUGGCGCCGAGCACGAAUGCGUCGACCGUGACCCCUGGCUCGUUGUUCUACAUUGUCUCUUCGUCCGAGAGGGGCGACGCCUUCGACCAGGCCGGGUUCGUGCCGGACGCGUCGGACGCGCCAGCCGGCGCGACCACGACGGGCUUCAUCGCCUACGGUCCGUAUGUCAUCGUCGCCGCGGACAAAGUGAAUGGCACAACGUCGUACGUCUCCGAGUUCUGGGCCCGAACAGCGCCCGGCACCGACGGCCUCUGGGCGCUGAUGUGGAACGAGGCCAACAAGGCGCAUGCCAAUAGCGCGCCCUUGAGCAUCAAGACGACGGCACCGGUCAAGUCGACGGUGUAG